AUGGACAUCAUCACUGAACUGCGUACGAUACGCAUGAUCACUAAAUUCAACUCCACUGAAAAAGCCAAUCUAAUUGGUGGCUAUUUGUUGAACAAUUUCGUGAGUAAUGCUAUGAAGGUGGCGAAUGGUUCUAUGGAAAAUCCGAAGAAAAUGCUACUAUACUCUUCGCACGACGGCACGUUACUCGGUCUUAUGUACGCAAUGGGAGUGGGAAACAAUCUUAUGAUACCAUACGCUUCAGCAGUCAUCAUGGAGAUAUUCAAGGAAGGCAACGAAUACCAAGUUGAGUUGCUCUUCCGAAACGAUACCACAAGAGCACCGUAUCCGUUGACGAUUCCCAAUUGUGGUUCUCCUUGUACUGUGGACAGCAUGGCUAAGCAGUACCACAGCAUGCUUCUCAGCAGUUAUGCUGAUCAACAGAAGGUUUGUGUCAUCUAUAGAUGUGAAGAAGAUUAA